AUGGGGGUUGGUGACUUUGUCCACUCCAGGGAAGCUGGCCAGCCUCGUACGGUGGGCACUUUGCCCCCGUCUCAACGCCAACUGCGGGCUGAACAGGCGAAAGUGGAGGUACCCAAAGACUACUUCAAUGAACCUACAGCGAAUGGAAACGGUUUCGGACGGGGCUUCCAGGCUUCUCCAGUGCCUUCGGACUUUUCUCGUGAUCUCACAACGAAAGGACCUCCCCCUGAUUCCAGGGGAGGUCGCCGGGACGCGUUCGAUACUGAUGUUGAGGCAAUCGACGAUUCAACGAUUGCCGAAACCAGUGUGUUUGAGCACGAUGAUCGUCACUCGCAAGCUGCGUUAGCAAACAAUAUUGAUGUGGGCAGCACAUCACCACGGCCUUCAUAUCUGCCACGGCCGACGCACCGUCAAGGCAGGUCGUCUUUCUUUGGGGGCCUAGGCGACAAGGUCAUGAAAAAGGCUGGCUUUGACACCACUGACGACGGUGAAGACACAGCCAGUCAACUGACUUCAUCGAUCGGAGGCGACGAUGAGAUGACGGAGGUGAUCGAAGAGCAACCGAGUCCAGCGCCGCCCCAGGAACCAAUACCGGCCCAUGAAUCGAGAGAUUCAAAGGGAUGGUACUUGUCUCAGAAGAACCGCUCGGUAGAAGAGCCCCUGAGCAAGCGCCUGGAGCAGUUCUGGUCUGCAAGUAAGAGACCAGCGCAAGUGUCGAGCCCCGUUGAGCCUGAAGCUCGUCAGACGAUGCAGGCAAAUCACGUUGCUGAUGCUCAGCCUCGCAAGCUGGGCCACUUGCUCCCACCUCCCGGUGCGAGAAAGAUCACUCUUCCGCACAAUAUCUCAGGAACUCCGAGAACACGAUUCAGUCCUCCAAAGCCUUCGCUUUUGGAACAGCUUGAUAUUUCGCCCACUCGACGCAACUCGGAACGUCAUGACUCCGAACCACCGCCUCAAGCUGGGCGCAUGACGAGCAUGGCAUCCACAUUCCGCACGCUAGAUCCAAGUGAAAACGAUAUCCAUCACCAACCUGGAGAAGACGAGACGAUUCGCAUUGAUAGCAGACGACACAGUCCACAUUCAGCUCAUGACUUUGAAUUGACCAAUCUUUCAGACUUGGUCAAUUCCGACUUGGAUCGAGAAGAUGAGGAAAUGACCCAUAUUCCAUAUCUGAAUCACCACACCUCCACCAGUCGUGGUCGCCGAAACACGGUCAUCAAAACGAAGAAACGUCAACUUGAGGCAGAUUAUCCCCCGCAGAUCCUAUACCAAAAAUCCUUCUCCGACCUCCAAGCUGAACCGUUCGAUAAAGCUCCCACCCCCAUACCCUCCCCUCCCGCCAAAUCACCUUCACUUCCUGCCGGUGCGGGCUCUCUCUCAAACGGUCAUUCGCCGGACGAGGCACUGUUCCAGCUACUUCGACUCACCGAUCAAGAGCGCCAGGCAUACCUGAACCAGCUCUCAGUCGACGAAUGGGAGGAUUGUGGGGACCAGCUCAUUGACCGGUUCAGCCACCUUCUCAUCGAGAUGAGAAAGCUUCGUCGCGCGCGGCGACAAACAGCUGCAGUUUUUGAAGCGGAGAUCAGGCGCCGCCAUGACCUUGUCGAGGCGCAAGAUUCGGAGCUAUCGAGCAAAUUGAAUGAAAUGAGGACUGGAGGCGCCGAAGUCUUACGGGGUCGAGGCACCUGA